GAGACAGGCUUGGGUUUCCCCUAGCCUCGCGUCAUUGACUCAUUUCCUGAUUUCAAUCAGACGAUUUGUACUUCUGAGUAGAAACACCUUGGACUUGCUGGUGUUUUAGACCAGUAACUCUUAUCUUAUUAAAGGUUUAUUUAUGGAAAAUGCUGCUCAAGGGGACUGCGGAUGGGGAAUGCGCGUAGCUGAUGCACCAAAUGCAUUCAAAUCUUAAACCAGACUGGCCCUCUACUUGUAACUCGGAAAAUCAGCACGGAACCUGGAGUAACAACAUGGAUUCUCCUCAGUAUCCAGGAUAUGCGUCACAUUACUGGUAUCCACAGUCUCAUUCCACUGGGCACUAUGCAAACACCUAUCCCUCUGGAUCAGAUGUUCAGCAGCAGUACAACCCACAGCUGAUGCCUGGAGGAUAUCCAAAUGGCCACGGAGUUUACAGCCCUGCACAAAGUCAGUAUUCAACAAGCAGUUUCCACGCAUCAAACCCCUUCUACUGUGCUGACCAUCCAAGAAAUUCUUAUCCCAACCAAGGCUGUGCUACAGAGCAGGGUAGUGGGGCUUCUGGGCCACCAUACCCUCAGCACCAACACCAUCACUAUCCUGGCCCACACUGUCAAGGCGGUCCUGGAUAUCCUCAAGGGCAUUAUUCACACUACAGUGAAGGUGGACAUGCAGUUCCUCCAAAUCCACCAUAUCCCACUGGGCAGCCUCCCCAUCCCACCUCUCAGGCUGAAGCUUGGGGUCACUCAGGUCAGUAUGCUCCAUCACCACAACAGUGGCAGCAUAGACAGCAGCCUUCACAAAGUCCCUAUGGUAACCCUGUCCGACCGCCACAUCCCCCAGCGUGGCCUGGUACUGGAACUGGUGCUCCACCACCCUAUCAGCCUAAAGACCAGCGCGCCCCUCAUGUGGGACCGAAACCCCGACCAGCACUGUCUCCAAAUUCAACCAAUGGAAAGCCUGCUGAAAUAAGUUCGCCUCCCCAGAUUUACAACAAGAAUGGGAGAAGCGAUCCCAACCCCUUACAAUCUGAGACUCCACCAGCUCCUGGUCCUGCCGGACCUCAGCCCCUGAGCGACAAUCCUGGGCUUGCUAAAGUCCAGCAGGUUCUGGUCAGAGUCCAGCUGCUUCAGGAAGAUGUUGAUGAGUUUGUCGGCAAAAAAACUGACAAGAGCUACCGGUGUCUAGAGGAACUGUUGACCAAAGAGCUGCUGGAGCUAGACUCUGUGGAGACUCAGGGACAGGAGAGUGUUCGUCAAGCCCGUAAAGAGGCUGUUCAGAGAAUCCAGACCAUUCUGGACCAGCUGGAGAGGAAAGCUUUCUGAACUGGACUUCCUUUAUUUCCCCAUGGGUUGCUGUCUUUUCCUCUUUCAGAUCUUCCAUGGAAUAAUUGAAGGUUCAAUCUUCUUCUGUAAAGGUUUAAUGUUGGUUUUUUUUUCUCCCACCACAAUGUUAUAAAAUAUCUUAGACAUGAAACAAACAACAAGGUGGAGCAGUUAUCCAAGACUGGAAACAUUCUCUAGGUAGUAUGUCUGCUGGUGUUAAACACAAGAAUUGUUUUUUGUAUGUCAUAAGUGAUUUUCAGCCUCCACUUGUGAAUGUGCUGACACUGUUGCACAUUUUACUUUUUACAUCACACCUUUAAUGACAAAAUCCCAGCUCUUAGAAUUUGUUUUGUGCCACAUUGCAGCUGUUUGUGGUCUUGAACUCUUGAUAAAUGUUCAGACUGCCCCUCAGGAAUGUGGCUCGGUUUUUAGUCUGAUCUGAUAGUAACACAAUCACUUCACAAGCAACAUUUUAGUCCGUUUGCAUGAUCAUAAUAUUCUUCUCUCUUGUGAUGGAUUCAGUCAGCUUCCUCUCCGUUUCUGUUGUGCUCCUAGUCUUGCACGUUCUGAAAUGACAGAUAAGCCCUCAGUCGUAUUUCAGAGCCAAUUAUUGAGGCCAGAGUGUAGCAGAUUAGUGAAACCCCCCACAGAUUGCUGUCCUCGUUAUCCCUUCUUUUUGAUGACGCAGCCUCCAUACACGGACCUAGAGUCAAACCUACACAUGUAUUUUUGCCCUAGAAACUAAUAUAGAUGGAUAAACAAGUCAUUGAAAAGGUUUCUUGUAUUUUCUACAAUUAUACAUAAAUAUAUAAAAAAGAAUGAAGCUUUAGCACUUUCUGUCAGGUUUUGUGUUCAUACACACUGUUGCUCAAAGUGGGUUCAUCAGAUGAACAACGAUCCGUGCUUCAGUUCCUUGUCUCGUGUAAAGUGAGUCAAUUUUUCCCCUUUGUCUCCAUUAAACUCUUAUUUAGGGGGAAAAAGGAACGAAAAAAAGUGCCAUAUUUCAAAUAAUGGUUUGAUAUAAUUAGAAAAAAAACGAUUAAAGAAGAAAUGGGAAAAAAGUUUGCAUGAAAAUAAAAUCUCCUGUGUUCAUUUUAGGUUAGCUUCUGCUGUAAUGCAUGUAACACAAGGUGGAGGUCUUUUCCUGAUAAAAUCUGAAGUUCAUGCAAAGAAGGAAAAAAAUGACAAACAUCAAAUAUUUUUGUAAACUGUUCUCAAAAGAAGUUUGUUUCACACAUUUUUUUGAAUAUUAAAUUGUUUAAGUUAAAAUUAAA